CCACCGCCCGCCCGCCCCCAACCCCACGUCCUCGCAAAAUUCGCCAAACUGCCCCUCUCGUUGAAAAAAAAAGGGGAAGGCGAGGGGAAAGGGAAAAGGAUUUUUCAGAUUUUGCGGGCAGCGACCGACCCCCACAGCUCCGCGCAGCUAGCUACCUUCCUCGCCCCGACAUGACACCGCAUCUGCCCACCGCCUCCUCCUCCUCCUCCACCCGCGCCGCCGCGGCGCACCACCACCUGCUCGACGCCGCCGCCGCGCCGCCGUCCUCGCCGCACCAACGCCGCCGGAGGCGCCGCCGGGUGCCGGGCUGCCUCCGCCCCCGCUCGGCGGCCCCCGUCCGCUGCUGCGCGGCGGCGGCGGCGGCGCCCGCGCCGCAGGCCGCGGUGCCUGUGGCGCGGGCGGCGGCCGCCACCACGCGCGUCUUCGUCGUGUCCGACCUCCACACGGACUACCCGGAGAACAUGGACUGGGUGCGCCGCCUCCCCGCCGAGGUCGGCGCCGGGGAGGGCCCCGGCGUCGACGCGCUCGUCGUGGCGGGCGACGUGGCCGAGACCAGGGACAACUUCGCGCGCACCAUGGAGGUGCUCAGGGACCGGUUCGGGGCCGUCUUCUACGUGCCCGGGAACCACGAUCUCUGGCUGCGCCGCGAGGGCGGACGCUACAUGGAUUCGCUGGAGAAACUGACUGCAUUGCUUGAUGCGUGUAGUGAGCUGGGUGUGGAUACAGGCCCAAGAAUGAUAGGUGACUUGGGAAUCAUACCAUUGUUCUCAUGGUAUCACAAGAGCUUUGACAAGGAGAAGGACGUUAACAGUGUGCGCGUUCCUUCGCUAGAGAUGGCUUGUAAAGAUUUCCAUGCUUGUAAAUGGCCUUCAGAUCUGGCAAAUGAUGAUGAGUCUCUUGCUCUUUACUUUGACAAAUUGAACGACAAGAAUCAUGAUGCUAUUGAAGAAGUAAAAAAUAGCAGCAAACAGAUACUAACAUUUUCACACUUUGUACCAAGGCAAGAGUUGUGUCCGGAGAAACGGAUGCUUUAUUACCCAUACCUUCCAAAGGUCAUCGGCUCUGAUUUCCUGGAGAGGAGGCUGAGAGAUAUACACAGUAACAGAAAAGAUGGAUCAGCUUGCCAUGUUUUUGGGCACACACAUUUCUGUUGGGAUUCUGUUGUCGAUGGGAUCAGGUACGUACAAGCUCCUUUGGCAUACCCCCGAGAAAGAAAACGGAGAAUGAACGGCGAAGGCUGGCUACCAUUUUGUGUAUACCGUGAUGGCUUCAACCCUGAAAUAUAUCCAGCCUUGUGGUCGGACUACUACAACAAGAACAAGAGGGAGCCCGAGAACACACAGCUCGCGCCGUGGGUUGCCAGGCAUUUUGCAAAGUACCAUAAGUUCCACUGACCCCUACUAGAGUUCAUGUUUUGCCAAACUGGAUGCAGUCCGUCCCAUCAGGACGGUGUUGGAGCCUGCAUUUACCUGGAGGAAAACGAGAGAUUGACGUUUUACCUGUACAUGAAUUUUUUUUAUUUUUUUGUUCCCACUCUUACCAUAGACUUGUGGCCAAGGAAGCGCCUGCCUGUGUUGGAUGUAUGUUGAAAAAUCAGAAUAAUGUGUAUAAGAUUCUUCAAAGCCUUGCUGCAAAGAUAGUGACAUAUAGCUUAUUCUGUUUAUCUAACCAGCCUCAUUUUACUCUCCAGUCAUGAAGUUGUAACCUGCGAAAUCACUGAGAAAUCUGCUUUAAUCCCCCGAUUCUGGUAUGUUGGGCUUGCA